AUGUCUCUCGUCAACCUCGCCCACGUCUGCUCGCACCUGAACAAUGCCUGCAAGGCCCGUCUAGGCCUCACCUCCAUUCCCCAUUCCAAGCUCCACCUGAAACUCGCCCUCGCGCUCCAAAACGACGGCUACAUCUCCUCUGUCGUCCGCGGAGGCCCGACUCCUCCCCCUGUACACCCUAUCCUCGGCAACCCGAACCCCAUCGAUGAGGUCGAAGGUAUCGAACCCCUGACUCAAAGCAACAUCGCUACCCGACGACUCUGGCUUGGCCUGAAGUACUGGCAGAGCGAGCCCGUGCUGGGCAAGUUGAGCCUGGUCAGCAAGCCGACACGACGAGUGACGAUUGAUGUGGCUGGUCUGCGUCGGGUAAUCCGCGGUGAGCGGGAUAACACUGUUGAGGGUAUUCGCUCGCCUGGUGAGAGCUUGUAUAUCUCUACGGACCGGGGUAUCUUGGAAGCUAGGGAAUGUGUGGAGAAGAAGCUGGGUGGGUUGGUCUUGUGCCGUGUUCGCUAA